AUGCGUGAGUUUGUGGCUCAGCGGGAGCCCACAGCCACGUCCUUGAGGCCGUCGAGCCUGAGGGGAACACAGCUUCGAGGACCCGCGCUCACUGCCUCUGCCUCUGGAGGUCAUGCACGUGUCUCAGCUGCUGCCUUUGCUGGUCUUUUGGCGUGUGGUGCGCCCUUGCUCCAUGGCCGUCGCAGCGCCCCAGCGUCGCGUCCCGCGCGCAAACCGCGGGUUCAGCGUUUGGCGGAGGACGGUCUAUGGCAGCCGCGCCUCACAGGCUGGACGCCACAAGAUCUGGAGGGCGAAAGGCAGCGCGCCAUGUCCAUGCCAGACACACCGGGCUACAGCGGGCCCCGCUAUACUGGUGCAGCCAGUAUCACUGAUGCCUUUAUCGAUGGCCUCAUUUCUGCGCAAGAGCAGGGUCAGUUGCUCCCCAAAAAGGACGCCUAUCUCAUUGUACUCGACAUCAUCGACCUGUUGCGGGCAGAACAGACGAUGGGACAGGUGUCCAUUCCUCAAGGUGGGCAUUUGACCAUUGUGGGCGACCUCCAUGGCCAGUACUGGGACUUCAUGAACGUCCUCAGCAUGUCGGGGAAGCCUUCACCCAGCACGCCCUUUAUCUUCAACGGCGACUUCGUGGAUCGAGGCUCCUGGUCCAUUGAGGUGAUCAUGACCAUUUUUGCGCUGAAAUUGAAGGACCCUGGCGCGGUCUUCUUGAACCGCGGCAAUCACGAGAUGUUGGAGACCAACAUCCUGUACGGCUUCUGCGGUGAAUGUGGGGCCAAGUAUGACAUGGAACUCUUCAACCUCUUCUCAGAGGCAUUCCGAAAUCUGCCCUUGGCACAUCUCGUGGACAAUAAGGUCUUGGUGUUGCAUGGUGGCCUUCCAGGCGAGACGGAGAAGUGGCCGGCGUCGGAUGUGACGGACGCUGGCGUGAUUGAAGGCAUCACACCAAGGAUGCUGAGCGUGCGAUUGUAUUUUCCAAACCAAAAGGUGAACAUCAUGAAGAGCAGCGUUCGAGCGGUCACAACAGUCGCAGCAGUGGCUGCCGUGAGCCGUUAUGGGCCAUUAAGGGCCCAUGCCGGUGGGGGACGUCGUGACAAUCAACAGCAGCACAAAGGAGAGCAUAUGAAAUACCGGUUCGAAGAUGUGUAUUUCGACGGAGGUCAGCGCUUUGGCGUUGUCUUUCUGGAUAGCUACACCAUGAGGGUCAUUCGUGCUUGCAGUCGAGACGGCCCUGCAGGGGCUGAGACCGCAAGAGGCUCCUUGCGGGGCCUUGACAAAAAGUCUGACAAAGUUGUCCUUGGGCAUCGCUCACUACCGGGGCCCUUUCGGUUUUUGUCCCGCCUCGGGGUCUUCGACGUCAAAAUUUGCACCGUUUACGGUGCAAUUUGGUUGGAGCGGCAAGCGGCAUGGGUCGAGUUCCAUUCAGAGACGCGGUUGGGGCGCUUUGCUGCGGCGGAAGUUUUUGUGCGCCGGUUCCUGCGCGCGGGGCGCAGGUUCCAGGUGCAAUUGUUUCCUCGUGGCGCUGCCCUCCGGCAGUUGCAGCUGCUGCGUGGGCAGCUGCAACUGCCGGAGGGAGAUUUCUUGUUUGAGCUCAGCUAUGAGCGUGGUUGCCAUCAGCAGGCACUCUUUGCAGCUGAAGACUACACAGGCUCUGAAGCUUCAAAAUCGAGCAUCGUGAGCAUAGGUGGAGGUUACUCCCGCAUGCAGGAGUGGUGCGAAAGAGUGAGUGUGGUCACAGACGAAAGUGGCAUCGCAACAAAUGCGAUCAAGGGCGCACAGGAAGAUGAGAAGUUGAAGGUGGUGCAUCUGAAGGACCAGGCAGCCCGGUGCUACAGGAAAGCUGGCUUUGCACUGCAAGACGACCUCCCUGAUUCGAUCUGGCAGCGCUGGGGGAAGGAGCUGUGCAACAAGCAUAAGCUCACUCGAGAUGUGAAUGGAUCCAUCCGAGACUACUUGUUUGCGUUUGUUUGUCGUACAAACUGGGGCAACGCAAACACGUUGAAGAAGCUGGCUGACUUGGCCUCCACGUGCGGCAUCUCAGUGGCCAUGUUGGAGGCGGACUGGCAGGCGCUGAACCAACGACCCCUCGGCCAGCUGAUCUUCCUCCGCGGCAGCGCCGGCGUGAUUGAAGGCAUCACACCAAAGAUGCUGAAAGUGCGGUUGGCAGAUUCAGACCAACAGGUGAGCAUCAUGCAGAGCAGCGUUCGAGCGGUGGCAACGGUCGCAGCACCGGUGGUGGCCACACUGCUGGUAGCAGCGACACCGCCGGCACCUGUUCCAGCAAUGCCUGUGCCUCAAAGUGCUGAGUCGCCAUUAAAGGUGGGGGACACGGUGACAAUCAACAGCGGCGCAUACAAAGGAGAGACAGGCACUGUCGAGAAGCUCAAUCCCUGCAAGGCGACGAUCCGGCUUCAUGGCAAGGAUCAGAAAGUGCCGAUCAGCUACCACCAGCUCUCCCUGGGCAGUUCCACCGCUUCCGUGGCCACCACGGUGCCGCAGACGCCUAUGGAGGAGUUGGAGGAGGAGGAAAUGGAGGAUCGUGGCGAUGGAUGGGGAAUUCUCUCCAUAGUUCAAGGGGUGAAGAAGAUCAUUCUGCAGGAUAAGAAACCUCAAGAGUGCUUCCUCACCAGCCACUUCAAAGGCCGUGCUCUUUGCCUGGAGGAACCCUUGGCGAAGACAUCGUCCAUUAAGGCCCACUACGAGCACGGCGAGGGUCAACACGGUCAACGCUUCACCUUGGUCUCGGUGAAAGUGGAGAACGAUGGCUAUCACUUUUGGGGUGGCCAAAAGCAAUGCCUGCGGGGAGCCUAUGUAGCGGAGCUUCCCGGAAGAGAGUUGACAGAAGAACUGGAGGAGAUUGCGAACUUUGCCGCGUUGAAGAGCGCCCGGAAGGUGGCUUCGCGCAUGCAGCUCCUCCAAUCUCCCGGCACCGUGCUGGAAGGCUUCAGGGCAGCUGACUUGGAGAAGAUUCCGGAGCCCUUGUCCAAAGACUCGGGCGGCUGCGGCUUCAUCGGCCCGGAGUUGCUGCAGCGGCUGACGGCACAGCUGACCCAGCUGCCACGGCAACGGCGGCAGCAGACGACCUCGCUGCAGGUGCGGAUCUUUGGGCCACGCGUCGGGGUGCUGAAGGGCGUGCUGACCUUGAAGCAUGGGAUCCAGACCAUCCAGUACCCAGCAUCGAUGGAGAAGGUGGGCCCGGUGGGCCCCAGCCGAUCUCCGGCGGAUUGGAUCACCGUGGUGGUUUGCAAAGUCUUUCCCUCCGAGCCAAGUUUCAAGAUCGCCACGAUGCUGAAGACUGGAGUGCGCCCCAAGGGACUGCCGUGGAAGAAGCUGUCGUCGAUGCUGGAGCAGUUGCUGAAGAGUUUGGAGGUGCCAGCGGAGGAGUUGAUGCGCUACACCAAGGAACCGAUUCGAAAGGAGGCGUUCUUGGUGGGUGUGGCGGACCCCACGGGCGGCCUGCCAGAGGAUUCAAUCUUUCUACCUGGCUUGCAGGAGCAUCUCACUGCAUGCGAAGGCAUCACUGAAGUCUUGGUGACCCGUUGUCCCUGUGUCCAACCCAGCGACGGCAAGCGCCUCCGGGUGGUGACAGAGCGCCCAGUGGCAAUGUCUCCAGUGGACUGGCAGGCGCUGAACCAACGACCCCUUGGCGACUUGAUCUUCCCCCGCGGCAGCGCGCACGCCCUGCCGGAGCGGAUUGCGGAGGGGGACCUGGAUGGCGAUUUGUACUGGGUCUGUUGGGAUCUGUCUCUGGUAGCUUCUGCAAAGGAGGAACCGGAAGUUGAGAGGACAGAGACGGCGGAACUUCCAAGAGCGUCGGCGGAGUUGGGAUCUGCUUGGCUGAAAUUGGCGCGGCAACACAUGCUAGACCCGGAAGUGCUGCAGCAGCGAAAUUUGAUCCGCCGUCUCUACCGUGCUGCUGAGAAGCGCGCGAAGAGCAGCCACCUUGGGUUACGAGACCCUGACGCGCAGGCACUGUUCCGGGCCUAUGUCCAGUGUAUUGACAGUGGCAAGCACGGGAAUGAGAUCGACAUCCCAAAGCACUUGCGCAAGGAAGUUGGCCCCGACCCGCGCAUUUGGAUGCCUGGGCAGACGCACGACCCCACCGACGCGAUUCCCAUGACGGCACUGCCAUCGCUGCAGGAGUUGGCGCAAGUGGAUCGGUAUCUGGAAAUCACCCCCGAGUCGUACGCACAGUCGAUUGGCCCAACGACUUCUGAGAAGGAGGUGAACGACAUGAGGAGACUCAUUGACAUCCUCUGGGGAGAUCCUCGUGGCGGCGGAGGGUAUGGACCCUCCUACCGAAAAGGCAAGGGAGUCUACAUGUUCGGUCCUGAUGUCACAGAGACUUUCUGCCGCGACAACAACUUGCAGUGCGUGAUUCGAUCCCACGAGGUGAAGGCUGAUGGCUAUCGGUGGGAUCACAAGCAGUUGUUGAGCGUCUUCAGCGCUCCGAAUUAUUUGGAUACGGGAAACAACAAGGGGGCCUUUUUGAAGCUCACAAGGGCUGCCGAUGGAAGCAUUGCGAUUGAGACGGUGAACUACAGCGCCGUGCCACAUCCUGACGUGCCACCAAUGAAGUGGCAGGAGCACAUCACCAACAACUACUCACACCUGACUCGUCUCAUGCGCAAAAAGGUUGGAGCGCAGAGCUUUGACGAGUUCGGUGAUAGCGACUUCGAAGGGCUCAUGAAUUUUGACGAAUGGGAGCCAGAUGAGGCCGAGCAAUUCCAGGAAGCCUUCAAGGUGGAUCAAUACGGCCGCGAUCUUUGA